AUGGCACCGCAGGACUACGCUAGGCAGUAUAGGUCUCUACCAACCAUCAUAUGGAGCUGUCUCAUCACCAUAUUUUUGUGUACCUGGGUCUCUUUGCACCCCAACGUACCCGAGCCAAUAAACACUAGCUCUUUGGGGCGAUGCAAAAAGGCCAAGACACACUUCCUUCGUGUGAUGAGCAGUCGCUUAGCUCCAUUUCUUGUUGCCUUUCUCGCACCCGAGUGGGUUCUAGCUUUCAGCCUUAGGCAGCUAUUUUCUGCUCGUUAUCUGGCAAAGCAGCAUGGACUUGCACUCAACCAGGCGUUCUUCAUUGUCAUGGGUGGGUUCCAUCGCUUUGAGCGCAGAGCUGAAAUAGCGGAGACCCACGAAACCCUUCCUACUACAAAUGAAGCGCCAAUCAAAGUCAAUUCAACUCAAAAUCAAUCUCUCGCAUUCAAGGAUGACGAAUUCCCUUGCCACCCACUGGACCGCUUUGAUGUGAUCUACCUGCUAAAUGCGGGUAAAUUGCAGAUGCCUCGUCCAAAUGAACUGGAAGAUAGGAGCAAGAAUGAUUGGGUCGCAAAAUCACUUGUUCUCAUUCAGACGACCUGGUUCAUUGGUCAGUGUAUUGGACGCAAAGCGCAAGGUCUAAUCUUGACCGAGCUCGAGGUUAUCACCAUAGCCUAUAGCCUCGUGAAUGUUGCAAUCUAUAUCGUGUGGUGGGAGAAGCCCUACCAAGUGAUGGAGCCGGUCCGUGUAUAUGACGAGCUUCCUGCACUCAACGAACAGCAACAGAAAUGCAGGAAGAAUGCGGAGAACACAAGCAAGCUGUUUAAAGCAUUUUGCUAUGUUCUUGGUGCCCAGGAUCGUUUCACGGAUUUCCGGACGCUGAAGCGUAUCCCAACCUUUGACGCAGGAGGACUAGACAACGAAUCCGCUCAUAGUGAAAGUAUUAUGGCUCUCAUUGUCACUGGAGUCAUAUUCGGUUCUAUUCACUUUCUUGCGUGGGCAUCAUCAUUCCCAACUUCCACCGAACGACUGCUUUGGCACAUGUCUACGAUCAUACUCGUUGCAGUACCACUAUUUCCUAUAUCCUUCUUAAUUCUUCUGGCCGUUAUUGCUCGUCUACUUAAUCUACCCUACGAAUUUGCGGUGGCAGGAUCCUCUCUCCUCCCACUCGCUUACAUCGUCGGUAGGAUUACAACUAUAACGCUAGCCUUCACCACGCUUAGGUGCCUCCCCGUCGAAGCAUACCGGGAUGUCGGUUGGUCGGACUUUCUCCCACAUAUCUGA